AGCCUACAGGCAAAACCAGGAUCACAGGUUCCACGCUCUCCGCCGUUCCCCUUAAACCCUAUUUUAGGGUUUCUAGCCGCCUGCCUCUGCCUCCCCCUCUUCCUCCUCUGCCAUCGCCUCGAAUCUUAGAACACCCAAUCGAUUUGAAGCCAAUCUCCUGCCAUCGAGGCACCUUGUCGCCGAGUCGUCGGAUCGCAGCCAUGUCGUUUUGGGGCGCCGAAGUGAAGCCUGAGAAGCCCUACACGCACACCCACAGCCCCCGCCGCGGCCGCCUGCGCGUCACCCAGGCGACUAUAGGGGGCGAGGCCAGUAAGGCGGAGAGAGGGGCAAAGGUGCGUCUGCAAUGCACCGUUAAGAACAGGGACCCUCUGUUGCUCUGCACCCUGCUCCCAGGGCAGUCGGAGACACUCAACCUGGACCUCGAGUUCGAGGAGAAGUACGUGACUUUCUCGGUGCUUGGACCAAUGAGCGUUCACCUCACUGGAUACUAUAUUGGUAAUGAGUACGAUGAGGACAUAGGUGACAGUGAUACUGGUAGUGAUUCCGAUGAUGGUUUCUUGGUAUCUGAUGAUGAUGAUGGUGAUAUGGUCAUUCCAGCAUCCCAUGACAGUGAAGAUGGCGAUUCAGAAUACGAUUCAGACUAUGAUUCAGAGACUGGUGAUGAGGACUUGAUGUACAAUCAGCGUAGAGGCAAGAGCUCAGUUGUCAUUGAGGAGAUUCAAGAGGAUGACAAGCCUGCUAGUGGCGAAGGACUGAAGGGUUCAAACAAGAAACAGAACAGCAAAAAUGGUGAUGAUUCUCGACUUCAGCUUGCUGUUAGGGCACCACCUGCUGAAUCCCUGGAAAGUGAAGAUGAAGAUGGCUUUCCUGUAUCUGAAUCAAAGAAGAGUUCUAAGGGUAGUUCGAAGAAAGGUACUAAUCUAAAUAAUGUGCCGAAUGAAGAUAGGAAAAGGAAAAGUGGCGCCAUAAGUGAUCAUCGUGACUCAUCAGGGGAAGUUGAUGCUGAAAAUGAUGGGGUGUCAAAGAAGAAGAAAAAGGCCAAGGACAAAAAGACUGCCGUGGACAGUGAAAAGUUAAACAGUGAUGAAAAGGAGAUCAAACAGGAUUCCUCAGCUAACAUUGUUGAAGCCAAACAGAAGAAAAAGAAAAGCAAGGACGCAAGUGCUUCUGAAGCUGACGCUGAUCAGCAAGUUAAAAUGAUCAUAAGUGACAAUAAUGCCGAGGAGGUUACAAAACAGGGAGCCAAGAAAAAGAACAAGGAGAAGAAAACAAAGGAGAACAAUACAAAUGAAAUCCAGGCAGACACGAAUCUUACAAAGCCUGAUGACAAGGAGCAGGCAUCCCAAACACGGACUUUUGGCAAUGGUAUGAUUGUUCAGACCGUGGCGUUGGGCAAACCAGACGGUAAAAAAGCUUCCCCUGGAAAAAAGGUUUCUGUUAAGUACAUUGGCAAGUUGAAGAAUGGCACAAUUUUUGACUCUACUGUUGGAAAGAGGCCUUUUGAAUUCAGACUGGGUGUUGGACAGGUUAUUAAAGGCUGGGACAUUGGUGUCAAUGGUAUGCGAAUUGGGGAUAAAAGAAAGAUCACCAUUCCACCAUCUAUGGGUUAUGGAAAUCAGAAGAUCGGGGCAAUACCGCCAAACUCAACUCUUGUGUUUGAUGUUGAGCUGGUGAAUGUAAAAUGAAGAAAGGAUGAGGACAAACGGAGACCGUUUUGCAAGUUUGAAGAAUGCCAUUUUCCUUCGGCAGCGCUAUCCCCUCACUGAACAUUUCUAUGUUUCUUAUUUUUCAUUACUUGUGCAUGCCAACUAAGCCAUCUGGGCUAAUUUUGGGGUGCACAUCGGUCGCCGGUUUUCCAAGUGACCUUAUCAGCGUGAUGGUUCUUGUGGCUGGUUUUUGGCAUUCAUCUGAAAUCAUACCUAGAAUUUGUUACGAAUGAGUGAAUGCUUGGCCACAGUUUUAACUGUUAAUUGUCGGAGUAGUUACAUUGGAUUUUCUGUUCGAAGCAUUCCAUGUUUCAGUUA